AUGCACCACCAGAUCGCCCCGCAUGAGGUUCCUGCCCGCGCCAACAUUGCCGCGCUCCGUUCCAUUGGCGUCCGCACCAUCAUUGCCUUCUCCGCCGUCGGCAGCCUGCAAGAGGAGAUCAAGCCCCGCGACUUUGUGAUCCCGGACCAGGUCAUUGAUCGUACCAAGGGUAUCAGACCGUUUACGUUCUUCGAGGGGGGUGUCGUCGCCCACGUGCCUUUUGGCGACCCGUUCGACGAGGGUGUCGCCAAAGUGGUGAGAGCCUGUGGACACAGUCUGGAGGGUGAGGGUGUUGUCCUCCAUGACCGGGGCACCUUGGUGUGCAUGGAGGGACCUCAGUUCUCCACCCGCGCUGAGAGCAAGCUCUACCGUUCUUGGGGCGGCAGUGUCAUCAACAUGUCCUGUCUGCCAGAGUCCAAGCUGGCUCGUGAGGCCGAAAUCGCUUACCAGAUGAUCUGCAUGUCCACCGACUACGAUUGCUGGCACGCCACCACUGAGGACGUGACUGUGGAGAUGGUCAUGGGCAACAUGAAGGCAAACGCGGAGAACGCCAAGCACUUUGUCACGGCCGUCCUGGAUGAACUGGCGUCCGACGAACACUCGGACCUGGUCCAGUGCAAGCACCUGGAAGGGUCCGUCAAGUUUGGCCUCAGCACCGCUCAGCAGUACUGGAGCCCUGAGGCGCGGGAGAAGAUGAACUGGCUUUUCCCGGGAUACUUCAACUGA